UGUCAUUCUCGCCCUCUUGUCUCUUGUCUCAUCAUCAUCUUCCGCUCCGGCGUCCCCGGUGAACGCUCUCCCGACAAGUCAAGCGAAGCGACACAGAUCUCGGGCUUGCCCUUUUCACCCGCCAAAGAAGAAGAGGCAGCCUCCUUUCCCGCAGCCAUGGCCGACAGCGGGAGCUCAGAUAGCAUCCGGCAGGGCAACGAGCAACCCAAGGGUGUUGCUGGAACCUCGCUCGAGAAGGGCUUCUCGCACACCGAACAUGUUAACCUCAACGCCAAUCUCGAGGCCAGGAUCAAGAAUCCCUUAGAAGGCAUCCCUCGCGAUGAGCUCAUGAGCCGGGUCCAUAUUUUCGCCGAGGAGAAGGGCCUAACGGAGCAUAUUGAGUUGCUGCGCAAGGGCGCCCUGGUGGCCCAGGACCCCGAGAACUUUGAAAACAUCGAUGGCGACGAGGCCCUGACCGAGGAGGAGAAAAGCGCCCUCCGCAAGGAGGUCGAACACAAGUGGCGCCUCCCUGCCAGGCUCUUCCUCACCAUCAUCACCUGUUCAAUUGGUGCUGCCGUCCAGGGAUGGGAUCAGACCGGCACCAACGGCGCCAACAUCUUCUUCCCGGAAGUCUACGGCAUCGGUAGCGACAGUACGCACGACACCAUCCUGGUCGGCCUCCUGAACGCCGGUCCCUACAUUGGCAGCGCCUUCCUCGGCUGCUGGCUGUCCGAUCCCAUCAACAACUUGUUUGGUCGUCGCGGCGUCAUCUUCAUCUCGGCUCACUUCUGCAUCUGGCCCGUCAUAGGCUCCGCUUUCUGCCAUACUUGGCCGCAGCAACUGGCUUGCCGGCUUCUCAUGGGCAUAGGAAUGGGCGUCAAGGCGUCCACCGUGCCCAUCUACGCCGCAGAGAACUCGCCAGCCCUCAUUCGCGGUGCCCUUGUCAUGUCUUGGCAGAUGUGGACUGCCUUCGGCAUUUUCCUCGGAACCGCGAUCAACCUCGCCGUCUGGAACACGGGCAAAAUCAACUGGCGGCUGAUGCUGGGCGCCCCUUUCAUCCCCGCUGUCCCUCUCCUCUGCCUGAUCUACCUGUGCCCGGAGUCGCCUCGCUGGUACAUGAAGAAGAAUCGGUAUGCAGAGGCCUGGAAGUCCAUGGCGAAGCUCCGCCACCACCCGAUCCAGGUCGCGCGCGACAUCUUCUACAUCCACUCUCAGCUCGAGAUCGAGUUCCAACUCCUCCACGGCAGCAGCUACUUCAAGCGCUUCGUCGAGCUGUUCACCGUCCCCCGCGUGCGUCGCGCUACCCUGGCCGCCUUCACCGUCAUGAUUGCCCAGCAGAUGUGCGGCAUCAACAUCAUCGCCUUCUACUCGACCACCGUCUUCAAGGAGAACGGGUCGAGCGAUUUCCAGUCCCUGCUCGCCUCCUUCGGCUUCGGCCUGAUCAACUGGCUCUUCGCCUUCCCUGCCUUCUGGACCAUCGACACCUUCGGCCGCAGGUCCCUGCUGCUCUUCACCUUCCCCAACAUGGCCUGGACCCUGCUCGCCGCCGGCCUGUCCACCCUCCUGCCCGAGGGCUCGACCCAGCGCACGGCCGUCGUCGCCCUGUUCGUCUACCUCUUCGCCAUGUUCUACUCGCCCGGCGAAGGCCCCGUCCCCUUCGCCUACAGCGCGGAGGUGUUCCCCCUGUCGCACAGAGAGAUCGGCAUGGGCUUCGCCGUCGCCACCUGCCUGUUCUGGGCCUCCGUGCUGGGCAUAACCUUCCCCUUCCUGCUCAAGAAGGCGGGCGUCGUGGGCGCCUUUGGCGUCUACGCCGGCUUCAACGUCGUUGCCCUGCUCAUGAUCUUCUUCUUCGUCCCCGAGACCAAGCAGCGCACCCUCGAGGAGCUCGACUACGUCUUUUCCGUCCCUACCCGCAAGUUCGCCAAGUACCAGGUGACUGAGGCCCUGCCGUGGUUCAUCAAGCGGUGGGUGUUUUGGCAGCGCAAGGCCGAGCUCAAGCCCCUGUACCAGUUUGACCAUGCCAAGAAGGACGAGGGGGAAAAGGCGCAGGUGCGGGCGCAGUCGGGCUUGCUGGACGCUGAGGACAAGAAGGCCGAUUUGGCGGUCGAGAACAAGAAGCUGGAAGCCCAGUAGAUUAGAAAGCCGUCUGGUGUAGGGAGGUGUUAUCUUGUGCCAUAGCAAACGGUUUAUGGUUCGCCUCUGCUAUUAGUGUGUUUUCAAAAAACAAGGGGAGUGGCGGAGGGUCGGAUUAUAGUGAGCAGUGUCGGGUUUGGUCGGGAUUGCCACGGUAUUUAGCCGUGUCAGGUACGGCCUGGCAGGUCUCUGGACUGAUGAUCAUUCAUUUUUUUUCUCUACUUCUUGCCUACGGGCCCCAAGUACGCUUGGGAAUAUAACGAAGGAUAUUCGCGACGGCAACUGCCGCUGCCCAUAAUCAGUCAGUCCCGUGCUUAGCCAAAGUCAUUCUGCUUGCUUGUGGUUGUGAGUCUG